GGCCUUACUGUUUACUUCCUGUGUAAAAGGUCAAAUUCGUCCAUAUAUUUUUCUCUUGUUAAUAGUUCAGCCUUUUCGCUUUCUUUUUUAUUUGAAUAUAAAUUGCUUUAACUACGUGUCUGAGUGAGUAAGUCCCCCGUGUCCACCAUGUCGUCUGAUGAACAAAUCGGACCUGCUUUACCCCCGAGGUUUAGGAAAGACGAGAGCGAUGAAGACUCUGAUUGUGAUGAUGGAUUCUCUGGCCCUGCUUUGCCUCCCGGCUAUAAACGCGGGGAACCGUCGAGCUCCUCGGAUGACAGUGAACAGGAGGUGUCGACCAAAAGAGCAAAAACCAAACACAUAGCUGCAGAAAAGGUGGAGGACACAAAGGUACAAGCAACAGAUGAUGAUGGUUUCUUUGGACCAGCCUUACCACCAGGAUUCAGGAAACAGCAGAGUUCACCAGAAAGGCCACCGGUGCUGGGACCAGCUUUGCCUCCUGGGUUUCGCAGAGCAGCAUAUGAAAACGAUGAUGAUGGUAAUGAUGGUGACGAUGGAGAGGACUUCCCAGGGCCUGCCCUUCCCCCUGGCUACCAGGCGGAGCCCUCCAGCGACGAGGACGAGGACGUGAUUGGACCCAUGCCGCCCACAGGGCCUAUUGAAGACUCUGUGGUUCUGGACUUUGAGCGCAGAGCACGCAAGAUGAAAGAGAAGCUGACGGGAGAUAACACUCCUGAGGUGCAGUCCAGAGAAACAUGGAUGACAGAGCUCCCACCAGAACUGCAGCACAUUGGCUUGGGGGCUCGAACCUUCAAGAAGAAGUCGGGUCCAGAGGACAAGGAUCGCUCUAUGUGGACGGAUACGCCAGCAGACAGGGAGCGCAAGAUUGCGGAACGCCUUGAGAAAAAGAAGAAGGGUGAGGUGGAGGAAGACAAUGUCCCACAGCUCUCCAAGAAGGACGUGGAAAUGGCAGUGAAAGUGUCCAAGUAUAACGAGUCUAAACGUGCCGAGUCUCUGGUGAGUAUGCACACAAAGAAGAUGAAGGAGAAAGCAAAGGAGAAGGUUGACAAACCAGUGGAAAGGAGAGCAUUCGAUCGGGAUGAAGACCUGCAGGUGAAUCGCUUUGAUGAGGCGCAGAAGGAGCGGCUGCUGAAGAAAUCUCAGGAACUGAACACACGAUUCUCCCACAGCAAAGACCGAAUGUUCCUGUGACAAAUUGUUAAAAAUGUAAGAAACAUUACGAACAGGCGGACAGCCAUUAACAGUCUGGCUGUUACAUUUUUCAUACAGGUUUUGUAAAAUUUGACUAUGUUUGUACAGAUACUCGUGUUAAACAAAUUGGGAAUCAAAUUUAGCUAAACUGGACUAAACAGUCUAUUCAAGACAUGGCAGACAUGGCCAUUUAUAGAAGUCCAUGUCCCUGACUGGUUGAAAAGCUAAUGCUACAAACUGAUUAAAGCUACUAUAAAGCAGCAGCCAGUGGACCUUGCAUUUUUUCCCAGUAGAUAGUGUAUUAGUCUCUUAGGGGAAAAAAUAGUAAGAAAUGCGUAAAUAAGUGACAUAUUUUACCUAUAUGGAUAUACAGUGAUUGAUUUUCUGAAAAACGUUUUGUACGGAAUACAUUGCUGUAAGUGAAUUAUAUGGAAUACACUUCCACGUUUCCAAUACACUGAUUUCAUUUUUUUUUAAGGGGUUCAUUAAAUUUGUUUAAAGCUUUUAUAUGUUUCAAUCUUAUCCCUGCAUUAUUAUUUCUAAAUGUGCCUAUAUAUAUAUAUAUAUAUAUAUUUAUUUAUUUUUUUUCUCAGCCCCUUUCCACAGCAGGCAUGCACACAUAAAGGGACUUGCUCUAUUCUUGACGCGUACAAAACCUUUUUGUAAAGUACAUUAAAUUAUCAGUCAAUGGAAAUGUCACAGAAGAAUUGGGAGAAUCUGAUAGCGGAUUGGAAAGCGUUAUCUAUUUAACCUUAAUAAACGUAUUAAUGU